UGUACUGAUUUAUUAUACGAAUGAGAAAAUUACGAACGCGCGCGCAUAAAUUUGCAGAGUAGUGCCAAUCAAUUAACGAUAAAUUGGCCUGUUUUCAACCAAUCACGAUGAAGUUACUUUCUCAUUCAUAUAAUAAAUUGCCCUCAUCGGUAACAUAAAUUUUAGAAGUGGACGUGUGGAGAACGGUCAAACUGAGUCUGAUUAUGUGGACUUGAAACAUAUGAUGGCUUGUAUAUUAGUCGAUGUAAAGAGUCAUAAACCUCUGGAAAAGCUUCAGUUUCCCGAAAAGAUGGCUUUAAUGUGUCGGCGAUUAUUCCGAGAUCGACGCACUAUAAGUACUGUACUUGUCAUUGUACUUUGCGCUAUUGUAAUGCUCGUUAACUUGCUCAGUGUGCAUCAGCGAGAUAUCGACAAAGUUUCUCCCUUCAAGGCUGCGGAUGUUUCUUACCCACGAGCUAAGUUUACUGUAAACAUAGCUACCAGCUCAGUAAUUGCUACUGUGGACGAAAAGUUUAUAUCUGUUGGUAUACCUUGGAGGACUCUAGUUGAAUGGAACUUCACUGCUGCGGAAGAAAAACAAAUAACUGCCUUGACAAAGGCUCUCUCGCCCGCUUAUGCUCGGAUUGGAGGUACUGCUGGUGACUUUGUUCUUUUUGAUGACCUGGAGAAAACACCUGAACAUUUCGUAAAACAAGCCACUUUUAAUAUUAAUGGUAAAGAUCUGGACAGGAUUAAUCAGAUAGCAGAAAAAGCUGGCUGGCAAGUGCUAUUCACAUUAAGCUUGUUAAGAAGAUCAAAAAAUGGCUCGUGGGAUUCAAGCAACCCUUUGAAAAUAGUGAAAUAUGCAGCUGACAAUGGAUAUAAAUUUGGAUGGGAACUUGGCAAUGGUAAGUGAGAUAAAACUAUGGCAUUAUUUCGACAGCUUUCAUACGAUAUUAUAAACUCACUACUUGCAGUUAUUUCUGAAGCUCUCAUCUUAGAGGUGUUUUUAAGAACACCGUCAUUACCGGUAAUUGGCAAAGAACAAGACUUGAACUGAAAUCAUCAAUGUGUCUAAAACAGCGUUUAAAGGUCUUAGUUUUUAGUUGGUUGCAAAAUGAGUCGAAAAAGUGAGAGGUUCGAAAUAACCAAGUCAACAAGAGGUUCCAGUGCAAGUAAGAUGUGAUGAAAAAUCGCUUGAUUUUAGGUCAAGGUAAACCAA